AAGGAAGAGAGAGAGGGAGGGGGGGACAGCCACACGGUCAAAUUGAGCUUUAUCUAUCGCAGUGGGUCACUUAAUAAAAGCCAUUUGGAGCCGGAGGCGACCCGGAGCGCGCAGGAACCGCAGUCAGGGGCAGAUCAUCAUAAUAAGAGCGGCAGUCUUAAUCACAGAGGCCAGCAGCAGAGAGCACAUUGCUCCACACAGGGGAGGAAAAAAAAAAAAAAAAAAACACAGACACGGAAGAGAGUUGAGUGAGAGAGAAGCUGAGUAAGGGACGGACGGCGAGAAACACAGUGUGGCCUUUACUGUGCGGGAUAAUCAAAAAACAACAGGCUAAAAAAAAGUGAAACUCAAGAGGCCGAAAAGUGUUGGUGAAGAUGCCGCGGGUAGUUCCGGACCAGAGGAGCAAGUUUGAGAAUGAGGAGUUUUUCCGCAAGUUGAGCAGGGAGUGUGAGAUUAAAUAUACUGGGUUCAGAGACCGGCCCCAUGAGGAGAGACAAGCCCGCUUCCAGAAUGCCUGCAGGGACGGACGGUCAGAAGUAGCCUUUGUAGCUACAGGUACCAACCUCUCUCUCCAGUUCUUUCCAGCCAACCUGCAUGGAGAUCAGAGGCAGGUUCCUACAAGGGAAUACGUUGACUUUGAAAGAGAGACAGGAAAGGUUUAUCUAAAGGCACCUAUGAUCUUGAAUGGGGUUUGUGUGAUCUGGAGAGGCUGGAUCGACCUACAAAGGCUGGAUGGGAUGGGAUACCUGGAGUACGAUGAUGAGAGGGCACAGCAUGAGGAUGCUUUGGCCCAGGCAGCUUUUGAAGAGGCCCGACGCAGAACCAGAGACUUUGAAGACAGAGACCGAUCACACAGAGAGGAUCUAGAGGACCCUGUGGUUUCUAAAAUCUGGGACUGAUGACACACAGACAGACAGCCAGCAGAAAAGAACAGGUCCAGACGACAGCAGGACCCCAGCCCUGGCUCAAACAUGGCCAACGCUGACGUGGAGCACAAGAUGCGCUGAGGAGGACGAAGAUGAGGAAGUAGUGGAAGGAGGAAGAGGAGGAAACCAGGGCUGGCAGUCCAUUCACUUUCAACACAAUCAACUGAAAAGAAAAGUCAACCGAAAUUGCAGUUGUAGACCAAUUGUUCUUCGUUAUUUCCUAACAGGUUUGAUAUGAUCCUUUUCACAUGCCAAACAUUUUUUUCAAUAUUUGAAUCUAGAAGAAAAUAAACUUCCUGAAUUGAUUGAAUUGAAAGUGAAUAAAAGCCAUAGAAAAGAGGGAUUAAAAGGGUUAAGGCCACAACCGACCUGGGCAAAAAGUAGUUGAAUAUAUAAAUAUAUAUAUAGAGGAAGGAACGUGAACAGUUGAUUUAGUAUUGUAUUGUAAAUGUGACACAUCCAGAGUUGAAGUUGUAACUUGAGUCAGAUGAGAGUUUCAGAUAUAAAAAGGAAAGAUCAGAUAUUUUUUGUCCAGGUCCAAAAGAGUUUGAUGGGUAGGGGUAGUUUCAAGUACCAAAAGUAUAUUUUCUAUUAAUACAAGAUGUUGAAAAUAGAGGGAGAGGGGUUGCAAGGGGGUAAAGAUGUCACUGAUGGGGGGAGGAGCAGGAGAGACAGAAGCUUUGUUUGGCUCAGGGUCACAAUCAGGCCUUAUUGGUCAGGAUUAUCAGUAGAGCAUGCAUCAAAAUUGAGGUGUUGACAGUUUGUGAAAAAAAAUAUCCAGCGUUGUUCAAUGUUGUGCAACACUUUACAUUUGUGUACAUGCCAUUGUUAACCCCCACUACACCCAGCUCACUUGAAACCUGCUGUUUUCUGAGACCAAAGUUCACUUUGCUGAAGGGGGGGGGUUAAGAGUGAUAAACUUUAGUUGCAUUUUAAAAAAUGGCAGAUGGGAGCAGGGCAUCCAGAGAGACGUUUGCCAUGUUUUAGGGUUAAGAAGCAUUUGCUGUACUAUAAUUUGAAUUAUUUCUCUAAACAUCACUAUGCUGAGAUGCCCCUAACCAUAGAUCACAGGUUAUGUAGCAACAACCUUGAGGCAGAAAACUCCUGCAAACUCCACUAUCUUUGGCUCUGGAAGCAAUUGGGGAAAUUAUGUUUUUGUGGGGGGGCUGGGGUCAAUUCAAACAUCCUUUGUCUUCCACGGGGUAUUGCACUAUGUGAUACAAUCUGUCCUGUUCUCCACAUGGAUUUUCUUUAUAUGCAUGAAACCAAACACAGGCCUACCUAUGUUCUUUGUUGUUCCUUAUGCAGCCUAUUUAUCGUCAGAGCACUCUCUGUACAGCGCUUUGAUCAGGAAUAAGUGGGUGAUUCAAGGCCAUGUCAUUAGAUUUGUCCUUGCAAACAUGAGCAUGCUCAAAAAAGCACAAAGCAUCUGUGGCACAUUUUCCCUCAUGUCAAUCUCUGCAUACAUCUGAACAAAAAAUGAAGUGUUCCUUAUUUUUUCAGAUCCUAGGUUCAUCAUAAAAUGACCAUGUAUCUCCAAACUUUGGUGAUUUUUUUCAGAAAAACUGAAGGAUUAAGUGCUCCCUCAUGGGCUGAGAAAAAUGUCCUAGUUCAAAAGCCAAAUAAACCAUUAAAAAACCCAUUGGUUUUUAAGAGAAGUGAAUUUGUUACAAAGCUGAAAGCUUUUUCCUUAAAAGUUUGGAGAUGAAUGUUUCUACUAGACAGCAAUGAGAGGUAGCAUAUGAUUUUAACAUACUACGAAUCCAAUGGAUAUCAGCCCAGACAAAAGCUCACACACUAUACAAAUCAGUGUCACUUCUGUCACUUCGCCUGUAGAAAAGUUGGAUUGCAGUCAACAUUAACAAUUUAUCAUCUCAGAUCAAAGACUGUAUAGUCCGUGGUGCAGAUCCAAUUUAGUAAUACACUCCAACUAUGAUCGAUCAAUCACCCACAGAUUCCUAAUCACUGAAGGACUGGAAAAGCCUAAAUGCAGUCUAAAUACUAUUUACUGUCCUGUUACAGCACUAGUGUAAUGAAAUGAUAUGUUUUGUUAUCGUAUUGUUUUGUUUGGGUGAAAGUCAUGAUGUUUACUUUUUAUAUUACUUCUCUCUCUGUAUAUGUAUUCUUUUUUUGUGCAUCUUUCAGCUUUGUUAUGAACUAUUAGUAUCAGUGGUAGGCUAUGUUACAUUAAGUUGAAAAUUACAAAAUGUCUCCAGACAUUUGGGAGUUUUGAGGACUUUUUUGCUUUUGUUUUUCAUGUGUUCUUUUUAUUAAUGUU